CUGGAAAGAUUACUUUGCUGUAAGUUCUUUACUUUUUUCAACAUUUGGUGCUGGUGUGGACGUGUCUUACUUCAGGCUACGGGAACAAAUCCAUGCACUGAUGAAGUCUUGUUCGGUCAUGUUAGAUAUCUAGAACAAAGUGUUUGCGAGAGACUCUUUGAACAUGGAAAGCAUAUUUUCGUAAAAACAGAGAAUGACAAUGAACGAGUGGCAAGAAUAGAGGUUUGCUGUAAAGGCAAACUUUUCGUUAGUUAUCUGAACAUCGACGAUAAGGAAAGGAAGGAAGAUGUUGACGGUGAAAUCACUAUCGAUGAUGUUGUUACAGAUGCAUUCGAAGUUGAUCACUCCAUGAAGAGGGUACUUGCUGAGGAGAAAGACAAACGCCGUAAAUGGGAUUUCUUGGAUGUUGAAGAAGUUACGAAGUACAAAGAUUUGAUGGAUCAUAGUCUUAACGAUUUGAUUGAGGUGAAGUGUCUUUUUAGCACGUUACGUAUCCUAAUACACUUCAUUUCUGGACCAUACCUAAUUUACUUAAUUUGGCGUGGGACUGCUGCCCAAGUCGACCUUUUUUAA